ACCAUAUGCCUUGCUGGGAGCAUAGAGCAAGGACUUUAUGCCGAGAGAGCAAGGAACAACCAGAUACCUUGGUGAGUUCUUAAUUCCUGCUACCCAUGCAAUGCAUAACAUGGACAGAGACGUAAUCACACCUCUCCGAAGAUAAGUGACAUUGACCAUAGAGGAAUUGGAACUAGAUACCUUGCUGAGAGAGCAAGGAGGAACAACCAUAAACCUUGCCGAGUUUCUUCCUGCUGCUCUGCAAUGGACCACGCAACAACACCGAGUACCAGUAUGUCGGGAAUGGACGGUUCGGUACCCAGUCAACACAUAGUCCUCACGAUCUUCUACUAUCUGAUCGGCCUACUCGGAAUAUUAGGCAACACUCUGGUCAUUUAUGUGGUCGUCCGAGCACCGUCUCUUCGCUCCGUGACCAACGUGCUGAUCUGCAACCAGGCCGUGAUCGACCUGACCAGCAGUCUGGUGUUCGUGGUGAUCUACCUGCUCCCAACGCCUGCCGUACCGGAGUCCCAGUUGGCAGCGAGUGUGUACUGUAAGCUGUACCUUUCGCACUGGCCUCUGUGGGGGAUCUCGGUCAGUUCAACGGCGAACCUCGUCCUUCUGACAUUAGAGCGGUACAUCGCCGUGUUCCACCCGAUCAAAUACCGGAAUAAGUUCACCAGGAGACGAGCCCAAUGCCUAGCCGUGAUACCCUGGUUUAUCGGUCCACUGCACGAACUCGGCUGGGCAUUAGUGCAUAGAAUAGACUCGGCGGGCGAUUGUACUUCAGACUGGCCCUCACAGUCGCUUCAGAUGGGUCUCGGCAUCCUGUUCUUCUCCGGACAUUACGUGAUUCCCGUCACGCUCAUGAUCUACGUGUACACCAGGAUCGUGAUGAAGCUGCGCCGUGAUAUGGGCCCAUCGCUCCCACCAGCACUUGUAGCAAAUCACGCUGCUAAAGCAUCAAACCUCCUUGCGAGAUCGGACAAGCCGAACCCCAAGAAGCCCGGGCACCUUGCCAAGUCCACAAAACGCUACAGUACCCUGGCCUCGAGGAGCGUCCUUCGUACCCUCGUGAUCGUCUCAGUGACUUACAUUAUCGGCUGGGGUCCAAACGAAACCAUAUACCUCUUGUAUAACCUCGGAGGCUAUGUUGACUUCAACGGACUAUACAGCAACAUGUCCGUCGUAUUUGCUUUGGGCAACAUGUGCCUCAACCCAAUCAUCUACGCGUUUCACUACAGGGAGCUAAACAAUGCUCUGAGGAAACUACUCCCGUGUACAUGUAAGUUACGAUGGGAGAGAUUUGCAUGUUGGCGUAAAAAGUCCCAGUAUGAACUCAGGGGGAAGUCUCCGACCGUUGCAACAAUCACGCCGUUAUCUUUCCAAUCCACCGAACAGCUUACGAAGCUUUGA